CGCGCCUACCAAGCUAACCGCGCUCCCCGCGCCUAGGCCACAGGCGCAACAGCAGCAGCAGCUCCGCCGGCGGGCUCACCGGCUCCUGCAAGACCCUCUCCAUGGAGAACAUCCAGUCCCUGAACGCCGCCUACGCCACGGGCGGCCCCAUGUACUUCGGCGACGCGGCCGACGACCCCGUCGGCAUCGGGAGCCUGGGCGGCGGGAUGAACCCCUCCGGGCCCAAGGGCACCAUGACCCUGGGCAGGGCCGGGACCCGGGUCCCUUACGGGGUCAGGGCGGCCGUCAUGGGGAGCAGUCCCAACAUAAACAGCGGAGGGGGCGGCGGGGCGAUGCACAGUGACGCAAUAGCCUUCGGGUCGGAGCUGCAGAACCAGAUUCAACAGGUGGCGACCGUGCCUCAUUCCAUGAGACAGGUGAGAGACGGAGCGAUGUCAGACCUGCAGACGCAGUUAAGAGAAGUGCUGAGAGAGAACGAACUACUACGCAGAGAACUGGAGGCCAAAGAGUCCAAGUUGAGCUCCUCGAUGAACUCUAUCAAGACGUUCUGGAGUCCAGAGCUGAAGAAAGAGAGAGCGCUGAGGAAGGACGAAGCCACAAAGAUGUCCGUGUGGAAGGAACAGUACCGAGUGGUGCAGGAGGAAACACAGCACUUUCAGUGCUCCAUCCAGGCCUUACAAGACGAGCUCAGAAUCCAGCGGGACCUCAACCAGCUCUUCCAGUCCGACUACACCGAGUCCGUCCACCUCGGUAACCACCCCUUCGCCCCUCAGGACAUGACGGAGGAGAACUUCCUGCGCCUCCACGGCGAGUACGAGCGCCAGGUGAAAGAACUCUUCCUCCUGAGGAAGACUGUGGAAGAAAUGGAGCUGAGGAUAGACACGCAGAAGCACACGCUAACCGCCAGGGACGAAUCCAUAAAGAAGUUACUGGAAAUGUUGCAGAGCAAAGGCCUGUCGUCACGGGCAACCGAGGAGGACCACGAACGUACCAGGCGGCUGGCCGAUGCUGAGAUGACCAUCCACCAACUGGAGGGGCUGAUGGAGCAGAGAGACAAGGAGAUGCUACAGCUCAGAGAGGAGCUGCACAGGAGGUACGAGGCAGCGCCGGAGUCGACCAAGACCAAGGCCUUGCAGACGGUCAUCGAAAUGAAGGAUGCCAAGAUCAGCUCGAUGGAGCGCGGCCUGAGGGAGCUGGAGGACGAGGUCAACAUGCUCAAGUCCAACGGGGCUCUGAGCAGCGAGGAGAGGGAGGAGGAGAUCAAACAGAUGGAGGUCUACAGAUCCCACGCCAAGUUCAUGAAGAAUAAGGUUGAGCAGCUGAAGGAGGAGCUAACUCACAGCCAAUCUGAGAAGGAGGAGCUAAGGCAGCGGGCCAAUGAGUUACAGCAGGAGGUGUCCGCAAUUGAACAAGCCAAGCAGGAUCUGGGACGUAAGGACAGCGAGCUUCUGGGUUUCAGAACCAAACUGGAAACUCUGAACAAUCAGUUUUCUGACAGUAAACAACACGUGGACGUACUCAAGGAGUCACUCACUGCCAAGGAGCAGAGGGCCGCCAUACUGCAGACCGAGGUGGAUGCGCUGCGUCUCCGCCUGGAGGAGAAGGAGUCUCUCCUGGCUAAAAAGAGUCAGCAGAUAUCAGAGCUGACGGAGGAGAAGAGCACUCAGCACGGAGAGAUCAGCGACCUUAAAGACAUGCUGGACGUCAAGGAGCGUAAAGUUAUCGUGCUGCAGAAGAAGAUUGAGAACCUCCAGGAUCAGCUGAGGGACAAAGAGAAACAGCUGGGCGGACUGAAAGGCCGAGUCAAGUCUUUGCAGACGGACACCUCCAACACGGACACAGCGCUGGGGACGCUGGAGGAGGCCCUGGCUGAGAAGGAGCGGAUCAUCGAGCGGCUGAAGGAGCAGCGGGAGAGGGAGGAGAGAGAAAAGGGCGACGAGAUGGAGUCCAGCAAGAAGGAGCUGAAGGAGUUGAGGGGGAAGGUCUCCCAUCUGCAGGCUGACCUGGCUGACCGUGAGACGUCCGUGCUGGAUCUGAAGGAGAAGGCCUCCUCUCUGGCUUCCGCCGCUCUGAAGAAGGACAACAGGCUGAAGACUCUUGAGAUCAGCCUGGAGCAGAAGAGAGAGGAGUGCGUCAAACUAGAGAGCAAGCUCAAGAAGGCUCAGGGUGCGGCGGCGGAUUCCCAGGCCAACACUGAACUCACGGAACGCAUCUCCUGCCUGGAGGAGGAGGUGACGCGGCACCGAGAGGAUUCCGAGAAGGCCCAGGUGGAGGUGGAGCGGCUUCUGGACAUCCUGAGGGAGAUGGAGAACGAAAAGAACGACAAGGAGAAAAAGAUCAACGAACUGGAGAGAAAUCCCUCUGCCCCUCAUCUGUGGCGUUCUCAGCAAUCGCAAAAACAGGCCCCUCCCCCCGCGGCCUCUCAGCAGCCGAUGGGGGGGGCGGUGUGGGACUACUUGGGAACUCUCGCCUCAAGGCAGAUGAAGGACCAGUCGAAGAAGGUGGCCAACCUGAAGCACAUGGAGCAGCUGGAGAAGAGCCGCAACGCCCAGCUGAUGGAGGACGCCAAGAAGAGAGAGGACAAUCUGAACGAAAGCUCCCUGCAGAUAAAGGACUCCCUCCGUCAGAAGGAGGAGCGCAUCGAGGAGCUGGAGGAGGCGCUGCGGGAGAGCGUGCAGAUCACCGCCGAGAGGGAGGUGGUGCUCGCCCAGGAGGAGCAGGCACUCACACACUCCCAGAAACAGGUGGAGGACCUGCUGGUUGCCAUGGAGAGGGUGAAACAGGAACUGGACGUGAUGAAAGCCAAGCUGUCGUCAACUCAACUCUCCCUGGCCGAGAAGGAAGGUCACCUGACCGCCAUGCGGGCCGAGAGGCGGAAGCACCUGGGGGAGGUCCUGGAGAUGAAGCAAGAAGCCCUGCUGGCGGCCAUCAGUGAGAAAGACGCCAACAUCGCCCUGCUGGAGCUCUCCUCGUCCAAGAAGAAGAAAACGCAGGAGGAGGUGGCGGCUCUGAAGAGAGAGAAGGAUGGUCUGGUCCAUCAGCUCAAGCAGCAGACUCAGAACCGGAUGAAGCUGAUGGCGGACAACUACGAGGACGACCACCUGAAGGUCUCCACGCCGACCUCGGAGCAGCCCAACAAUCACAAGCCCUCGCCAGACCAGAUUCUCUCUCCUCUCCUGGAUCUCGAUCACAACCGCAGUAAACUGAAGCUGUACAUCAGCCACCUGACCUCACUGUGUCAGGAACGAGACCCCGUCAUCCUGCAGGACUUUGCCCCGCCCCCCGCCUAUCACCGCUCCGACUCCGCCUCCUGGCACACGCAGGUGCACAGCAUGACACAGGAACAGUUGGAGGCGGAGUUAGCGCUGUGCGAGAUGGAGGGGGCGGAGCUCCAGGAGUACGCCAACCAGGUCCUGCAGCAGAUCGCCGAACGAUGCCCCGACAUUUUGGAACAAGUGGUCAACGCACUCGAGGACAGCUGCUGACACACACACACACACGCGCGGUGACAGAAACACACACGCUUAUUCGCACAUGAAUUAUCCCGCACGGUCAGAAGCCGCAGGACCGGUAAGGUCUCCGGCAUACGGCCGUAACCCGCUGCUACACAGGUCACGCCGCGGGAUCAGGACCUUCCCUCCCACCUGCUCUCCGCUCAGCUGAAUUUUGGAGGGAAAAAAACAAACAAAAAAAACGUCAUUGCAGAAAAACCAUUCUUCCAACGUGUCUUCAGUCUUUAAUCACGUGUAACACACAGUGCCGGCUGAGGGAAGCGUUGUCUAUUGUGCUUUGUUGGCAUGCAAGUUAAUUCGUUCAUGUUUCUCUGACAUUUAACGUGUAUUUCGCUUACUACUUUGAAACAGAAGCCUUCACCGCUCUCUCGCCGUCGGUGAGACGCCGUCUCGUGUCCUUCAGCAGACUGGUUAUCGUGACUUGAUGUAUUUCAUGAAGGGGGGGGGGGGGUCUAAAUGUAGAAAAGGGAAAAAGUGAGUGGGGCUCGCCUCGUUGCUUCUGAUACCAGACUUACAUGCCGUCACCACAUUGUUAUUCGGUUACGGUUCCAAGGUGCGUUUGUUUCAGCUGCCUUUGAUUCUUUACAUUAUUUGCUGCUAACUUUUUAACUUUUACUUUUCCAUGCCUUGUUUUUUCUUUUCUCUCUGAUGAAACUUCCCAACCGGCAGUUUCUUUCAGAAGUAACCUCCACAUAGUUGUGUAUAUUGUAAAGCCAGAACUUUAAUUAACAGCUUUUUUCAGGGGAUCGUGGUACUUUGGUCCAUCUUUUUGUCCCAUUAUUGAUGAAAGGCGCCACAGUAGAUCUCGCAGUACUCCCUUUAUUAAAAAACACCCGGUGUAGAUAUUUAGUGCUUCUUCUUAACGGAAGAAGAAUUCAGUCAUGGUGAAAUUAGGUUGUGUUCAGACAAUCCCUCACUCACGUUUUGUGACAAUCCUUUUAGAGUUACCAUGGAGAAAUAUGAGUUCAUUUCCCCUGAUUGAAGCAUUUUAUUUCAUAGGAGGUAGGAAAUAUAAUAUAAUUGCUCUAUUAUUCUUUUUUUUUGCUUUUGGUAAGAGAUAUAUGAUAAAGAUAUAAAAAAAUACUGAUCUUGUUCAAUUGCAGAUAUUGUCAUGUAUUUGUUGGUAUGCGAUACACAAUGUGUCAAACUUUGCAAGUGACCACAGAUUGGUUCUGCGAGCAGGAGGCUGCCAACGUAUAUAAUGCACCCAGAAGAGGCUCCGUGUCCACCGGGGGACACUCAGGAUCUGUGUCCUGGAAGGAAGCGACACCCUGAAGCAUGUUUCCCACAGCGCUUACAGCCUCAGCAUGAAAUAUACAUACAUAUAUAUAUAUAUGUAUGUAUAUAUAAUACUGUAGUGAGUGCUGAAGCGGUGACUGGCAACAUGCGACUGUUGAGCGUUGCUCCCUGAAAAGAAAUACCCGGUGGAGACGAAGCCUAAAGACGGAGAUUUACACCGUCAGAAAGCUGUCAAAUAAAAUGUGUCACUAUCUGCACCUCAGAUGGGUUUUUAAAAAAAAAGCCCAAAUGUGUAUAAAAGAUGACUUUCAUUCCAUAAUAUGACAUAUCUGUUUUAUGAGGUGUGGGAGCCUCAAAUGUCACUGGUUUGAAAUUGAUCAUCAGUAGUUUGAGACCUGGUUCUUAUUUUGGAAUGAAACUCCAUCAGAUAUGAGCUUGUGUUUGUAAAUCCAGUAUUUGGUUGUCUUGUUUUAUACUGAUAAUGUUAUGGAGCGCUGAGGACCGGGACUCGCCGCGACUUUGUUGUGGAUUGACAAUAACAGAAUGGAAUAAAACGUGGAUUUAUCUUUAAUUUGACGGGGAGGGAUUCUGUGCGUGUUUUGAGGUCUCAAACGUGUGACACGUUCAAGCAGUUAAACCAAAUGAUUAAUAUUGUGUCUCCUAAUGUUUCUUGUUUCAUCGAUCUCUUUGUUGAAGGUAACAAAAACAAGCCAUAAAGAAAAUAAACCAAAAUAUCCUUUUCAUCCCUUUAA